AUGGAUAAUCUUAUUCAUGAACUGUUAAAUUUUACGAAGGACUAUAGCAAUAUUUGUAACAAUGCUAGUAUCGGCGGUACAGGUGGUAAUGUUAGUGGUAAUGUUAGUAGUUAUAGAAAUAUGUUUAGAGAUAUUUUAGAAAAUGCUAGAAAACGAGAGGAAAUAAUACAUCAUAAAUCUGAAAUUAUGAAAAACGAGAUAAAAA